CUCUUAAGUGUUACUUGUGUAUCCAAAUCCAUAUUUCAUUAUGCUAUGCUCUUUCCCUCUUUUUGCCAAACCCUUUUAUAAUAUGCCUAUUUUCCACACCAUUGACCAUGCUGGCCAACAGAAGAAAUCAAGAAACUUUAAUUCAAGUAGUGGCUCUUCUAGUUAUUAUUUUAAUAAUAGGCCAAAAUCAAUUAGAACUAGUAUUUCAACUAACCAAAAAAAGUUUCACAAGCAUGACCAAUAUCCCAAAGACUUCAACUUUUAUGAUUCUUCUCUAGCAAAGGAAAAACCUAAACAUGAUGAAGAUGGUAUUAAGAAGGCAAAGUCAAGAGGUUUUAAGAAACCUAAGCAACCUAUUUCUCAUGGAAGUAGAUUAUCAAGUUUCUUGAACUCACUUUUUACAAAUGGGAAAAAAACAAAAAAUUCCUCAAAUGAUAAUGAGGAUUGGAAAAUAAAAUCAGCAAAUGUAUCAACUAGAUUAAGUUUAAGCAAAAAUAUUAUUAGUACUCCAUGUGAACACAAUAAUUAUGAUAUGGACCAACAAAAUGUGGAAGCUAUAAAUGGAAUUAAUAAAAAUUAUGUGCAUGAAGAAUAUGAAGAUGAAGAUGAUAUUGAUGAAGGUGCAAGUUAUGCAAGUUCUGAUUUGUUUGAGCUUGAUAUCUUUUCUUCCAUGGGAUUGCCUAUCUAUGAAGCAACAAAUCUUGGUACUAAUUAUCAAGCCAUUGAUGCAAAUGGUAAUUAAUUUUCUUAUGUAACUCUAAACAAAUUUGUAAAGUUGUAUCAUUAUUAUUGUUGUUGUUGUUGCUAUUUUUAGUUAUUAAUGAAUG